AUGUCUACUGAACAUUACACGUUUAACAAUGAUGACCGAUUUUCAUAUUUUUCGGUGACAACUGACAAUAUAUCAUACUCGUAUACUAAUAUACUUAUAUGCAGCUGUUGCGAUUGGCGGAUGAGUGAUUUUGGAGAUUUUAUAACGAUGGCUGAUCUCGUCGAGCUUUUGGUUCCCUAUUCAGCCGGUGCUUGCCCUCCGAUAAGUGCUAUGCCAUGUACUGCAGGGAAUCCGACCGGCUGA